AGUGAGUAUGGGACUACUCCUUCGUCCCUCGACCUCCGUUUCUUGUCUUCUGGGCGAAUUUCUCUGCUCCAGCUUCUUAAGCGUUAACCUCCUUGUUUUCAACUAUGUGAGGAAGCAACAAAACCAGUCCAAGCCAAGUACAAACACACUGCAGAUUGCAGAAGAAGAAUCGACAAAAAUACAUGCUCUAGAUAUCUGGUAUACCUAG